GAUGAGGAUGUACUUUUGACGCUGUGCAAACAUCCCCCCUGUGCCAGAUCUCACUUUAGUAUUUGCGGGUUUUUACGCACAGGACGAGCGCGUGGACGAAUAAACGACGUACCUGGCUGUUUAUUCUGUUUAAAGCAAAGCGUGGGGUGUUUUUUGUUGUUGUUGUUGUUGGUUUUUUUGGAGCUAUCCACAGUCCACGGCGCAGGGUUUAAACUGAAAACUGCGUGCGCUGCUCCGGCCAAACUGACGGAUAUAGCGCUGCGUGUGUGUGUGUGUGUUUUUGCGCGAACGAACCAGCGAACGAGCGAACGAACGAACGAACGAGCGAACGAGCGAGCCACCGUAUACCCAGCGAGCACACGAGCAGAGGAGGAGGAGGAGGAGGACGUGGUGCGGUGGCUCUGGUGCUGGAGCUGGUGGUGUUUUCUCGCGGACGCAGCGGAUCCGUGGAUGAUAUUUUACCCAAAACAUCGGGAGAAUCGUUCGUUUGCGGAGUGUACGGGGAGUUGUUGGCUGCUUUUUUCUCCCCCCCUUCACCCCGUGUGGAGUACAGCACAGCGACACAUCGAGGAGAACCGAGCGUAUUUCCCUUUCCUCCUCUUCUUCUUCUUCUUUUUCUUGUUCUUACUUGCCGCUCGGACGCAGAUCUUUUUUUUUUUUUGGCGUUUUGGAAAAUUACGCACGAUCUGGCGACUCUUCCCCCCCUCCUUCCCCUCCUUCCCCGCGCCACGCACCUCUGAAAAUCCUACGUAGAUAUCAGUGGCUGCUACGGGGGGAAGCUACGAUACGGUCGCGUGUAGAAGCAUGUCAUGACUCAGGCUCGGCAGAAGGCUUCCCUCCAGCAGAGGCGCACGGCUGAGUGGGUGGACCAGUCCCCUCUGUGGACACAUGGUGGCGCCGCGGACGAGCCCUGGCCUGAGCGCUCGCUUCGGUUCGGCCGGACGAAGAAGAUCGGCGAAGUCAUGAAGAGGACCAAGAAGAAGAGAAAGAUGGCGGUCGAGGAAAAGAAGGAGAAAAGUUUGGAUCAGAACAAAAAGUUGGACCGAAGACGCGAGAAGAAACGCGAUCGGAAACUGUAUCCGUUGCGAGGGCGGGCGGCGGGUUCGGAGGGGGAGGGGCUUAGCUGUCACGUGAUCUUAACGCGAUUGGAGGAGAGCCAGGCGGAUUCUGAACGCAAAACGCGAAAAGACGGCCACCACAAACAUUUAACUCUCAAACGAAGGGGUAGAAAAAGCAAGAAAGAUGCUAAGACGCUACCAAAACAGAAAACGAAAUCAAACAGCGCUAGCAUCGCCGACUACAUGCACGUCUUACAACCGCGGAAACGCAGAUUAGCUUCGCUCAACGCAGAGGCGGUCAACACUUUACUGCUCGAGCGACCGUGGGAUACUCAACCUGCUGCUAAACAAGCCAGAAAACAGGACGAGGCUGUGACUGUAGGGGGCGCUGCGGAGGGAGACGCUACUACGAAAACUACUACACCGGGACCGGCCGGGAAAGUGACGCUAGCUCCAAAAAUGUGCCAAAAAUUCAAGGCCAAAAAAGCGAAAGCGAAAGUGAAAGUGAAAAGUAAUCCGUUUGAGUUGAGCCAGGAGAGUUUGGAUGCGCCCGCGCCGAGACGGUUAGCGGGGCUCAAUGCUGCUGCCUUGCUAAAGCUAACUAGCACAUCCGCUACUGCUAAACAAAGGGUAAAGAGCACUCCAACUACUACUACUACAACUACUACUACUACUGCAACUUCGUCUGACUGCAAGACCCAAGCUCCUACGACUAUGACGCAACACGCGAGGGUCAAAUACAAGGGUAGACCACCGAAACACAAGGGCAAGAGGGCGCUAGCGUCGCAACACGGCUGCGCGGCGUGCAAGAAGAAGAGCGACUUCGAGCCAAAGGUGGAGUGGGAUUCGAACGGCUGCACCCAUCGUCUGACCAAACCGGGAUACCAGUCGAGAAGCAUGAUGUCAUACCCGCUGAAGCAAGUGAAGGAGGAGCAGAUGGAGGCGGAGCUCAGCCCGUACUACUGCUGCCCCCCGAAGGGUUCGGUGGAGUACUGUCACCGUUUGGCGUUCUUCUUGGGGCAGCAGCCGUACAGCGAGUCCAGCAACCAGCAGCUCAAAUCGGCCUUGACCCCUGUGAAGCGGGAGUGCCUGAUGCCCUCCCCGUCCCUCACCCACUCCCACCCGCACACCGCCCUCACCCUGAGCCCCCACCCGUGUCUCUGCACGGCCGAUCACUGCUUCUCCAGCUACUACGUCCACAUCACCCACCCACCCCACGCCGGGACCGCGUCCCCGACUAUGACCUCGCGACCGUUGAACUUUGCCCCCUCCGGGUUGUGUUCGGGGCAGAUGAGCGGGUCAAAAGCGGGGUCGGGUCUGGCGCACCCGGCUUACUGUAACUCUGUGGGCGCUCCCUGUUUCGGAGAGGCCUGCAGGAUGGGCGGGUGCGCGUUCAGAGCCAUGCCCCCCGUCACCAGCAGGGGGUGCACUUUCAGCGCGGGAUGCACCGGGUGUACGCACAACAUCAAAACAGAGAGCUACUCAUCUCCUCAGGCCGACCCCUCCCUCAUGGUCUCCUCCUCCCUCCCCAUCUCCACCUGUCCCCUCUCGACUCCGCCCACCUCCACCCAAAACACCAAACCCCAGCUGCUGCCCCCCCAGCCCCCGGCCCGGCUAAAACUGGCCAAAGAAUGUCCCCAGCCCGCCAAAACGCCCACCAAACCCCCCGCCAAAUCCUCCGCCAAAACGUCCAACGGUUCCCUGUCGAUGGGGCGCACGCGGCUGUCCCAGAAGCAGCCGCCUCCCCCCGCCCCCGCCCUCAGCUCCACCAAACAGAAGAGGGUCACGCGGCGGAGGGCCACGAACGGGUGGAGGCCGGUCGGAGUGCCUACGGAGAAGGAGGUCUUCAUCGCGGGUGAGGAUGAGACGGCCCUUCGUCAGUGUUACGAGGGCGUGGAGAGAGACGGCGAGGUCAUCCGCGUUCGGGACACGGUGCUGCUGCGCUCCGGCCCCAGGAAGAAGUCCCUCCCCUACGUCGCCAAGAUCUCCGCCCUGUGGGAGGACCCCAAAUCAGGGGAGCUGAUGAUGAGUCUGUUCUGGUAUUAUCGACCGGAGCACACGCAGGGAGGUCGUGACCCCAGCGCACACUGUGAGAAUGAGAUUUUCGCCUCUCGGCAUCAGGAUGAAAAUAGUGUGGCCUGUAUCGAAGACAGAUGCUACGUCCUGCCCCUCGCCCAGUACUGUAGAUUUUGUGCCUUGGUGAAGCGGCGUGCUGAAGGCGCUCCCCCUGGUUGCCGUGGGCGACUGGUGCCGUCUCGCCCCGACUUUGCCCCGCCCACUCACCGCUGCGUGCCCUCCGACAUCGACCCCGACUUGGUGUACCUCUGCCGCCAUGUUUAUGACUUCCGCUACGGACGCAUCCUCAAAAACCUCCAGUAAAAAAGAAAAAAAAAAAAAAAACACGACGAGAAAAAAACGAGAGGAAAACGAGGAGGGAUUUUCAACGAUUUGUGAAUUAAACCAACAUGUGAAGGAGCGCCCGGGGUUGUCGGUUCAAUGCCCGGGGUUGUCGGUUCAAUGCCCGGGGUUGUCGGUUCAAUGCCCGGGGUUGUCGGUUCAAUGCUGAGGAUGAAGUGAUUGCAAAAAGAUGUAAAAAUGAAGCACAGAUCCCUUUAGAAACCAGAUUUCCAGAUUGGAACGAACAAAUGCACUGCAAAACAUAAGCAUCUAAACUAGUUAAAAUGACCUGAAUUCAGAAUCUUGAGGUUGCGGGUUCAAAUCUGGCCUAAUAUUGUUGUUGUGUCUAUUAGCAAGACACUAACUAACACCGUAUCUGCCUAUUCAGGAGGUUAUUUCUGGUUUGAGUUGAGGGUGUGGUUGGUGUUAGUCCCUCUUAUCACAAGUUUGCAGGUUCAAAUCAUACAAACUGUUGUUGUGUCCAUUGGCAAGACACAUACACAGAUAUAUGAAAAGGUUGCAGGUUCAAAUCUCCAGCAAGACACUUCAGAUUCAUUGUAAGUUUUUGCUUGUUCAGAACAUUAUUUGUGGUUUGAGUUGAGGGCGUGGUUGGCGUUUCUCCCUCUUAUCACGAGUUUGCAGGUUCAACUCUUGCUGUGUCCUUGGGCAAGACACUUCAUGCGCAUUGGAUACUAUUCCCCACAGAGUUGUCGGUUCAAAUCUUGCAUAAUACCAUGUCCUUGGGCAAGACACUUCACCUACAUUAUCUAAUAUCAGCCCUGAACGUGAGGAAGUGGAACCGGCGCAGUGACUUCUGUGACCAAAGGGUUGCAGGUUCAAAUCUCGCAGACUGUUAUUGUGUCUAUGGGCAAGACACUUCACUCACAUCACUCAAAUAUCGCCCCAAAUAUGAAUUUAGAUUUGAUUUGUCAGCGUGAGUGUUGCAGUCAGUUAAGGUUAGUCCCUCUUAUGAGAAGUUCACAUUUUGUCUACAGUAGUUGUGUCCUUUGGCAAGACACUCACAUUGUCUUAUUUUGCUCCAGAAUAUAAAAUAAAAUCUUAGUUUAUUUGAGUUUUUUCAUGGUUGAUACAGAUUGUAUAGAGCUGCUGAUGGCUGAUUCGUUUUGCCAGUAUUUUCGGACAAAUUUUGAUGAUUUUCCCCAAAAAAUAUCUUUGAAAUUACAAUUAAUAAAAGGAAAAAUCAUCCCAAUCGAAGUUAUUUUGAGAGACUCACAGCCCUGUUUUUACUCCUGAUCCGAAAUGGAGCUGUGUGAUCUCAUUUUGUGAACGUUAUCGCCACAUUAGAGUGUUGAAAUAAAAGUUUACGCAGGAAUAUGUGAGUCCUAAACCAAAUAUUGUCCAAAACUGGAGAGUUGAGAUACGCAAAAAAGUGCAAAUAUCUCUGUACAUGAGCGACUGAGAUAAGGCCAACGGAAACACGAGAGGAAUCUGCUGUACAAAAACCUGCCAGAGGAAAAAGAAAUCAGUUUGUAUAAGAAAAAAAACAUGAAUUGGCUCCAUUUUUCUAAAGGAAUUUGACAAAAAAAAAAAACUCUCAAGAUUCUGAAGUGAGGUCAUUCUGUUUGGUGCGGAUGUUUUUCAGCGGUUCAGAUCUUCCACGGCUCGUAGUGAAAGUGCGCUCCCCUUAAAACAUCGUGGCACAAUCGCGUUUGUAAAGCCAGGGCUCAGGGACGACGGGUUCAGACCGCGGCGCUUCCGGAGAACAAGGACGAGAUGUGUGUUUACGCUGUUUGAGCGAGAGGGGGCGACGGCGAGGGCGAGGCUUUGGCCGAGGAGCGACGUAAAGAGAUCGUUUCGUCUCGGUGGAAGGAAAGGAAGAAAGAGUGAUGAGAGGAGAUAAAGAGACGACGUUAUUCGAGGGCAGUCCAAUCAAAUUAAAGUCGACACUGCGAAAAAUAACACGCGAGCUUAAAGGCGCGGUACUCGAUUUUUACCGAGUUAAAAACGCACAAAUAAAAGUUCAUUUUAAACAGUUUGUCCAAAGUUAAUCCUCACUUACCUUAUGCAUUCUGACCAUCCUAAUCACUCACAGAGAUGAGUUUAUAAGUGCUUUUUCACAGUUUUCAGAGGACAGAGUGACAACUAGCAUGCUAACUGUGCACUUCCAGAUUAUGAGACGAUAAAAUGCUUUUUUUUUUUCACGAUUAGAUUCAGACCAGACACAGCUUAAACAAUAUAUUUGUGCUGAGGCAAGAUACGUUUUGCUCAAAUACAUGGGGAAAAAUCCCGUACAGCGCCUUUAAAAUUACAAGUUGAAAUAGUUUUUAAAAAUCCCGUACAGCGCCUUUAAAAUUAUAAUUACAAAAAAAAUAGUUUUACUUUAUUAUUCCAAAAAUUAGCUUGAAACUAAUGAAAUAAGUGAAUAAAACAACCUAGAUUUCCGUAGCACUAUGUAAUUUACCCGCUGGAGGGUUUGUUUCCAUGGAGACUGUAUUGCCCUCCCUGGAAUAAUCCCUAGUAUGGCAUUAAACUCCUCUGUCUCGCGUUUAUUCACAUUGCCGCUGUUAUUAAUGCUCAAAAAACGCCUUGGAAAGCGCGCACUCCCGCUGUUCAACGGGGUUAUUUUCCACAGAUCUGACCCGUAAUCAGCUUUGACGCAGAGAUGAAUAUGUUUAAUGCCAUAUUGCGGAACAUUUCAGGCAUCAAACGAACAAACCCUCUAUUUGAAAUGUCACACAGCGCACGUUUAAGGCGAUUUCAGCUCGCGUCGACGUGUUAUUUUGUGCAGUGUCGGCCCGUGCGCCCAUCGUGACAUCACUCAGUUCCAGCCAAUAGAAACAGCCCUUACUGAGGAGUCGAUGCUCACCUUGUUUUUUUUGUUUGUUUUUUUUAAGUUAGUUUUCCUGUGACUUGCCUUAUAAAUUGCAGGUAGAGCUUUAGGCAGCUAGUUUCACUUUACAAAUACAAUAGUUACGAUCCAUAGAGUGAACAGUUCAACUCUGCGGACGGACAGAACGAGGCACAGGUUAAUAAUCGAACCGAACCCGUUUGUGCGGCGCCUUUUCAGACUUGUCGUUCUCCAUGUUGCUAUUCAGAGCUCUAGCUGCUUGCCUUGCGUCCCAAAGUGUUGCGAUGUCUAGAAAUGCCUGUUAAAUCCUUAUAUUUUAACUUCAUAUUUAUAAAAAUCGACCUGUAAACAUCGGGAGCUGCUAAAUGUUAAGUGAAAACAGAAUGCAGCAGGUUGGUUUGUAAAAAAACGCACGUUAAAAAUGGUUCAUGGUGAAUCUCCCUGUUUUUAAAUGGAUGUGAUUGACAGGUGGAUUAGCCAAUCACUGGACAGGAAAAAAUUCAUGAAAUAAAACUCUCACAGGCGGAUGGAAACACGUCAGAUUUCUGCAGAAUCAAUGAGACAAACACUGAACUAACUUGAUUUUAUUUGUAAAUCAUAGUUGACCAAUGAGGGGCUUCGUUUCACACGUGUCACUGAAAUAAGACGAUCUGAUUGGACGAUCACGUUUGACCGGGUUUGAGAUGCAAACUGUGUAAAACAUACAACGAAAUCUAUCUGGUAAAUCAUUUUUAUGCAGAAUAAACCCCAUGGAGACGCAGGGAGGGCAUCUGACACACACAGGGAGGGCAUCUGACACAAACAGGGAAGGUAUUUGACACACAGGGACAUUUCAGACCAUUUUUUACAGCUCUAAAUGACAGGAUUAGCAGCUUUUAUGCAGAAUAAACCCCAUGGAGACGCAGGGAGGGCAUCUGACACAAACAGGGAGGGCAUCUGACACAAACAGGGAGGGCAUCUGACACAAACAGGGAAGGUAUUUGACACACAGGGACAUUUCAGAACAUGUUUGUACAGAUUUGAAUGCCAGGAUUAGCAUCUUUUAUGCAGAAUAAACCCCAUGGAGACCCAGGGAGGGCAUCUGACACACAGGGCUAGUUCAGAACACAUUUUUUCCAGAUCUAAACUACAGAAUUAGCCGUUUUUUUAUGCAGAAUAAACUCCAUGGAGACGUAGGGAGGGCAUCUGACACACACAAACACUCCAGAACAUGUUUUUACACGUCUAAACUACAGGGUCAGCAGCUUUUACGCAGAAUAAAAACCAGAUAUUUUGUCAUUUGCGGUGAAAAUCAUGUCUUUUUUUGCUCAUUUUGUUCACUCAAAUUGCGAAUAACC